CUCCCAGUUUACAAAGAUAACAUCUAAACUACACGAACAGCGCCAUAGCAUGAAUGUCACGGGCGAUUUUUGCCAAGUGGCUUGACACAAAGUUUAGAACAUAGCACCGCACGUGCUUACUGAUCAUCGGCAAUGCAAGCGUCCAUGGAGGCUACGACGCUGAUACAAUUAUAAAUGUCGAAGUGGCGUUCCUACCGCCAAAUACUACUACAUGUAGUAAGCGAGAGGCUCUUGACGCCGAAAUAAUUGCUGCGUUCAAGCAGCGUUACCGGCGUCGCCAGAUCCAGCGCGGUCUUGAUCAGCUUGAAGCCGACCCAGCGAUGGACAUGUCGAAAGCGACCAAGUUAUACAAGUUUGACGUUCGCCAAGGGGUGGUAUCGAGCAUCGACUGCUGAUAUUCCAUGUCACCCUCAAUACGUGAUAAGUUCUGGAAACACACUGGUCUACGCGACUACUAUGCGUGCGAAUACAGUGAGCCAGAGGAGGAGGAAGACUCUGUAAUCAACGAGCAAACUAAAAUGAUGUAGCGCCUAAAUGCGUAUGAUCCGAUGUCGAUGACUGAGCCGCUGUAUCCACCAGAUGAGAGCGAGUACGAUGACCCCAAUGAUGAAGAUUUCUGCGAAAUCGAAGUGGAGGACGUUCCCGCGAGUGGUAAGCACAGAAUGAUGAUGCAGAGCUCGAUUCCGCGGAUAUUAAGGAGCACAUCAGGUUGA